GGAGCAGAGGAGCCUGUAGAACUGCCAAGACAUCUUGUUGAUCUGCUUUGGGCUUCAGCAACGAUAUCAAACCGGAAAUUCCAGUCUGUAAAGAGGAAGCCAAACAGGGCGGAAAGUUGGGGAUACUGAAAUGAUACAAAACCAUCGCCGAUACCUUCACUGUUGUUAGCACUGAUCGAUGACUUGUUGACAUCUGUCUGAUACGACUCUUUGUUUACAUCUCAUUGGUGGCAUGAGGACCAUCAGCCAUCGCGAUGCCCGAUGAUGAUGAACAAAACCACCGACGGUCUGCGGCACCAAACUAUGCAGACCCGGAUUCAGACCUAGACUCGGACCUUCAUUCGAUCAAAUCCCCAUCUCACCCCCCGUUGCCAAGUCUAACAACAACAACCUCAGGUAGUCCGGUACGUGCCACCACACAAACCUCUCCCAGAGGACUACAAUCCCCCCUAGGCUUCGGCUCCCCCCCACAAGGCUCCUCAAGUAACCUUGAAGAACGACAACUCAUCUCACAUCCUCAGACACCACCCAAUCAUCCUCAAAGCGGACGAAACCGCUAUGCUCUCCACCAGCACGGCAGCCGCUCGCCCUCACCCUCACCCUCAUCCCAUCACCUACCGCCACCAGCAGCUUCGACGCUCUAUCACCUCGUCGGAGGCCUAGGCUUAGGACCCUCUUCACCACUCUCUCCGUUCCGUAGGCAAUUCUCCGCCCCUCUCCAGGCCGUCCGCUCAUCGUCUCGGGCCCCCAGCUUUGCCAGCAUCGCCGGCUCCCAUCCCGGUUCCGGUUACGGUUACGGCUCCGGCUCCGGCAACUCCUUCUUCACUCACGUCAACGACAGCCGUGGUACGGUUCAUCACCUUGCGGUAAAGGAUGACGACAACGACAACACCCUCUCUUUUCACGCCGAUGACGAGUUAAGCGAUGAUGACGACCAGCACAAGCAGUACCCGCGAGUACGGGCGGACACUGCUGCUGCUAACAAGGCAGAAGACGACAAGCUCACACAGGACAGCAAAGAUGUGCUUGUGGAACGGUUGACGGAUUUAAUUCACCAUUUGCAGGAGGCCAAGGAACCGACGGUUACGAGCCAUGGUGUUCUUAGCGAUGUCAGUAUCAGCGAGUUGCACGCCAAGGUGGAUGAGAUGGAAGCUGUCCUCAACGGGAAGGGAACAGGGACCGGACUUAGGGGUAUUGACAGUGGUGAUGGUCCUGCGGGUGCUGCGGGUGUUACUGGUGGUUUGAGGGUGACGAAACGGCCUGUUAGGCCAUCAGCGAGGAGGUCAAGACGUUCACAGGCUUCUUCUCCAAGACCAGAGGAAAAUGGAGGUGAAAGCGAGAGCGGUGGAGAGGGAGACAAGGAGGAGGGGGAGGAGCAACUUCACUCGCCUCUAAAGGACAUUCGUGCCUUUGAGUCGUCAGCAGCAGCAGCUGCUGCUACUGCCCCAGGUUGGUUAGCUAAGAAUUUUUCGGGAUCAGAGCCUUCACCGCCUGAGUCACGGGCGCACUCACCGUCGCCUUCAUCGAAAGUUCAUUUGAAGCUGGCGGAAGCUGCUGAGAUUACACCUUCUGUUGGCGCUGGUACUGCAUCAGUGUCUGUUGCUGCAGUGGAAGUGGAGGCAGUAAAGCGACGGGGUGCUGAAACAGAGCGCAUCGCGGCCGAAUCUGAGAAGCUAGCUGCUCAGCUGGAGGCAGUCCUGAAAAGCCUAGAGACGAGGAGAGAGGAAUCAAAUCACGUCCACGCCCUUCUAGUAGAGAGAGCCGAAGCGGCCGCCUCUCGCAUCCUCGAACUAGAGAAGGAAGUUCUCGAUCUCCUGCAAAUGCAAAACAGAGAAGACGAAGUCUCCUACCAAGAAUCCGAACUCAAGCACCUCCGUCUCGAACUUCGCGCCAUCGAGACCCUCGUCAACGAAUUCCUCCCGCCCGUCGAGGCCGCUGAUCCAGAACUGGUCCGGAGCAUCGAGAACUGGAAGGCUGAUUGGAAGAGAUUGAGAGAUCAGAUGUUGUCCAAAAGCCGCCGUACGAGUAAGAGCAAGAGCGAGAUUAACCAUCAUCUCCGACAACACGAGACGGAUCCUGAGGGACAGAAUGAAAGGCCGAGAGAUGAGAAGAAGAAGGAUACGAAGCAUGAGCAUGAGCAUGAGCUCCACAAGGAGAAGGAGGAGGUCAAGGCCUAUGAAACGCAUGAGCUAUCAGUUGUCGAGGAAGUCACGGAGGAGUCGUUGAGGCAGGGCCAUCAUUAUCAUUAUCAUCCUCAUCAUCAUCAUCAUCAGCAGCAGCAGCAGCAGCAGCAGCAGCAGCAGCCUGAGAGCAACGGUCGAGCUGUUCUUGGUAGUGGUGUUGACGGACUAGAAGAAGAAGGCAGCACAGGAGAAAGUGUCAUGAACUCACAUGGUCCACCAGCUCAUGCAGCACGGGUAUCAAGGACUGGGGCUUAGGUACUCUCAUCCGCGACAUCCUCGUCGUCGUCGUCGUAUGCGGCUGUCGUCCAGCGACAGCGGCAACGGCAGGGUCAACAGCAACGGC